ACAGGUCAACUAUAUCUUGUCUAUGAUAUACAGUGACUGUUGGCGAAGAGUGUCUGUUUUGUCCGUAUUUUGCUUUAAUUUUACGGCCAUGUGUGGUGAUAAUUACGUGUUUGAUAAAAUUUCUAGUGAUGAUAUCCACCACUGCAAACAGUAAAGUAAAAGCCCCCAAGGGAGCGGAGUGUGUGGACGCUCCGGAUAGGGAUGAAAUCGUACAAGAAAACACGGACGAUAAGGUCAGAGGUUAUGUUGGUGCGUACGAUGCAUCCUCGUCAUUUGGGGGACCGUCCAGAGAUGGCAGGUAUCGGUCCCGAGGUCGUGUCACCGAGUUCAGGCCGUCUCGAGGCGGCGGACGAGGAGGACGAGGUCGAGGCGGAUUCCCGCCCCGUGGAGAUCGUGAGCCCCUAGACAACUCAUUCAAAUAUCACGAAACGCUAAACCAGUCCUCGAAUGACACUUGGGCCCAGGGAAAUAGCAGCAACAAGUUCUAUGAACGUCCAGAAUUGGUCGUCAAUCUGCCCGAGGACCCUCGCAUCUCUAAGCUGCUGCGUCGCCUAUGUGCUGAAGUAGACAUGGAAAAAUCACUAGUAAUAUGCAGCAAACUUCAGGAUGCCGUCAUGCUGCCUGAAAAUUCUCGAUACAUACGACGUUCAUAUGAUAUAUUAGUUGAAUCACUAUUGGAUGUACUAUAUGAUGCUCCUGGCCCUGAGACAAAAGAAGGUGCAUCUGUAGUUCUUGGAAGGAUUGGUUAUGUCAUGGGACCUGAUUUUAGGAAACAUUUGGAAUGGAUUGCUGCUAGUUAUGGAGUCCAUAACACUUCAAUCAAACAUUACCUAACACUCUCAUUUACAGAGACAUUUCAACUUGAUUAUCAAACUCCACAUUUAGCUGACUUUGCUGAAGUCACUUUAGACAGGCUCCAGACUAUCAUUGAAGGUACUGACUCAGCUGAUGUGUUUAUGUGUGCUAUAAAUGCCAUGAUUAUCCUGUCAAAUUCAUAUCCAGAACAUUUUGCAAACCAUUUUGUGGACACUGUAGACAUACUUGUUGGGUGGCAUGUGGAUAAUGCUCAGCCCAAGAAAAUUAAAGAUUUUGCCCUACAGUCGUUGCUUAAACUGAGUCGGCACUGGCAGGCUGAUGUAGGAUUCUCUGUCAACCUCUUAAAUCAGUUUGUGGAAGAUAUGGUAGCAUAUUCUGCAGAAAUGGAACCAAAUCGCACUGAAAAGCAAAAUGAUGUCACCACUCCAGAAGACUGCAUGCUUAAGAUAACAUCUUUCUUGAAUGUUUUCAAUACUGUCGUUAAGAGUUUAGGAACUCUGUUGAGUCCUACAGUAUCACAGAUUGUUUCUUGGUCAUUUCUUAGUGAAGCAUUUACAAAAAUAUUACAAGUUUUGUCAAAAACUAUGAAGAAUGAUGCUGAAGCUGACCUUAUAUUGGCAGGUAAUGAAUGCAUUGCUUUACUCUUGAAAUAUUUACAAUCGAAGUCUUCAUCUUGUUCUCCAGCACUGUUUGCCUUAAUAUCUAAGGAGAUGGCCAACUUUUUGCAAGGGGAAGAAAGUGUUAGUCUCAGCAUUAUUGACUUAAUAUCCACCGUAAUUAAGGAAAUAGCAUCUAACUUGCCGAUUGAGUUCAUUUCACAAGCAAUUGGUCCUGAAUCCUUUUUACGGCCACUGCGUUACUCAGACAGUUCUCCCAUUUUAAACAGUGUUUUGUCAGUAUACAGUAAUUUACUAAAUUUGAAAAACAUUCCACUUUUGCAAGAAACAUACAAAUAUGUUUUGACAGAUAUUCAAAAUUCCUAUUCAGUUAUAAUACCCGACAUACAAAUAAUAAAACCAGAUUACCAAGAAGAAGUUGAUAAAGAUAAUGCAGAGAAAAAUGUAAUAUUUUAUCUACAAUGUCUGUCAGAACUGGCAAAUGCAAGUAAUUCUAUAAUUGGUAUGUGGGCUUUACAGCCUAGCAUUCUGGAACUAUUAGCCAUAAAAAUGUGCCCUCAUGCUGAAAAACUAAUUAAGGAAAAGCCAGCCCUUCAAUAUUCUGUACUGUACUUGCUUCAUUCACACUGUAAAAAAAAUAAUCAUUUUAUUGCUUCUAGUGAUUUGGUUACGAAUACCCAGCAACGAGCUAAUGAUAUAUUUGGGCUAUCUAAUCUGAGUCUUGGUGAUGUAUCCAGCACCAGCCCCACUUCUGGUCAUUUAGCCGUUAUCCUCAAUACACUAAGCAUGGUAUUGGAUGAAGAAGCCCCUAAAGAAACUUUAAUAUUGAUUCUCAAUUGGGUAUCUGAUAUAUUUUGCCAGUUAGACAAAUAUUUACCCAUUGUCAGCAUGUCGAAAGGGUUCUUUGUUCUAACAACUAAUAUGUUAUCAUUGGCAUAUAAUUUCGAUGAAGAAAUUGUUUUGCUUGUAAUGAAAAAUUCACAACAUUUACUGAAAAACAAAACUCUCACUUGGAAUGUUAUGGUAUUGAAAACAAUAGCAGUACUUUGCAUAUUACACAUUGACAAUCAAAAUAAAACAUUGUCCAAUGUUUGUAAAGAUGUACUAUUUGACUUACCUUGGGACAUAGUACAGUUGGAGCUUGACAAACAGUUAGUUAAAGUGUUCACUGCAAGGAAGAUGAGUUUGAACAUACUCAAUAGUGACACCAAGGCCAAUUCUUUUAAAGAGUAUCUUAUGCAUGGAUCUUUUACUGUACUUUCAAACCAGCAUUUUAAAUUAAUUAUGAACUGCCUUCUUCAGGCUACACUGGAGGAUAAAAAAGCUUUAGUAGAUGCAUUUUUAACGUCGUGGCCUUUGCAAACUCCCGAUAUUGAUGAAAAUAAUAUAUUGUUCUUUCGACAAUGUGCUAUGAGUUUUUCAUCUAUUUGCGUAGGUUGGGCACUUUCAGAACUGGCUCAAACUUGUGUGUCUUUAAAGUUACGAACCAUUCUCGGCAAACCACACGAGACAUUUAUGAGGAUUGAGGGAGCGUUAAAAGGAAUAGCCAGAGAGAUAUCUUCUCAUGACACUAAAUAUUUAGGUAAUGAUCAACAAAAUGUUGUGGAAGUUGUAACGUUAGAACAAACAAGGACACGUUGGAUAACUGAGUUUAUGAUGUUCUUAGAGAAGUACAUUUACAAUGCUGCUGAGGGCACUGCUAUAGUGUUGCCAGCUGUUACUAAGCCUGUGAAAACAUUUUUCCAUACAAACUGGCCUACUUGUCGGGAGUGGUUGACAAGAGUUCGUCCCGCUGCGCUUGCCGUCAGCUUACACGCAGGACAUUUUGGUGCUGCCAUCUACCAUGCUUCCCUCAUACUGCAAACAGCCGCUAAUUCUAAUACCAAUAUAGACGUGGAAGCGAUUACAAUAAGCAUUGCCAGGGCUCUCAUCAAAAUCGAAGAGCCAGAAGUGCUACUUGGUUUAUAUGUGUGGAUUAAACAAAACUUUGAUAAGAAGCUGUUCUGGCUUAAAGGAGCUGCCGAACAGGCCAAUUCUAAACAUGAAUCAGCCAUAGAGUACUAUAAGAAAAUAAACAGUUUAAGUCCUCAGGAAGAAUCGAAGGAAUUUGAAAUAGCGUCGCAAGUAGAUACAAGGAGUAACAGAUUCAUCGACGAGCAAAUCAUGGAAAGUUAUAAGCAUAUACAAAGCUGGGAAGAUAUGCAGGAAUGGAUAGACAAAGAUCAAUUUAACGCAAACAGUUCACAGUGGAGCUAUUUAUCGACGUUGAAGUUUUUCGAAGAUACUACAGAAAUUCCGGAGGAACUCGUUAACUGGGAUAUACUUGAUAGUGAAGCUAAUGAAAUUCCCAAGAAUGUGUGCUCCUAUCAAGGUCUCUUGAAUAAAAUUGAAUUGACUCUUAUGUGCACUGCAGUCAAGAUGUACAACAGUGAUUAUAACGAUAAAUAUGAAGAUUUGUUAAAACAAUGUGACUUGUUGCUCAAAUCACAAGCAGAAGAAUUCUCCAGAACGAAUGCCGUACAUUUCUUAAAAGAGGUUGCAGUGUUGCAGUUAGCUAAUCAUGGGUUAACCAACAUUAUAAAGAGUGGAAAGCUUAUUACUAAUCCUUUUAAACCAUCAACAGUAAAGGAGUAUAAGUACGGGACUGAAUUUAAAAACUUAAGCAGAAUAUUAUGGUGGAACCAAUAUUUCACUAAACUAAAUAUGACUGAAGAAAAUGUAUACUAUGCAGAAUGCCUUCGGUUAGAUGUAAUCAAAAGUGCAAGGAAAAACGCAAACCUAGUCAUGGCCAAGAGAGAACUCUUAAAUCAUUUUAAACAAAAUUCAGCGUUCCAAAUGUGUUUGGGACAAGUUAAUAACUUGGAUGAUUUGAGUGAAGCACUUCUUUUAUCUACUAAUACUUACGACCUUGAAAUUUGGACUCUUAACAACGCUACUGCGUUGGCCGAGCUCUGUAAAUUGACUUAUGUAAAAGAAGAAACUAAAAUUCGCGCUGUCAAUCUUUGUGCGAGCAUUUCGUAUGGAUUUUCUCAGAGAUUAGCAAUGGGUGAACAAAAUUAUGAAUUAAGAGAAAAAGGGACUAGACUGCUACUCACUUUGUCCAAAUGGGUCCAAAGCGAGACUGAGAAUAUCUUGGACGUGGACUCACCCUUGCUCAAACUAGUAUCAGUUCUACCAGAAAUUGGACUGGUGGAUAACAACAUAUCGGAGAAUGUUAUUCCCGUGUCGGACUCAGCUGUUGGUAAAUUACUACAAUUUGGAGUGAAUCAAUGCCCGGGGUUGGCUAAAGCUUGGGCUAAUUUUGCUGCUUGGUGCUUUAGGUGGGGUCGAAAAAUGGUUGAAUUCAGUUCUAAGACUCGAGAACAGUUGACAGAAAAUGAUAAAUUACAGAUAGAGAGCGUAAUGAUUGGAUGUGCACCUCAAGACUUUGAAGCAGUUUGUGAAAUAUUGUCUAAAACAAAAGCUACGUGUGAUGACGAAGAUAUUGAUUGGAACGAAAUCAACACUUCUGAAAUGAUAGAGAGUCAGCUUCGGACUGUACCGUCUUUAAGUAAUGCUUUCCCUGAACACCUUGCAUUGUUAGUGGACAUUUGGCGCCAAGCGCAAAAGCGAGUGUUUUCCUAUUUCGAACUCUCGGCGGAUGCUUACUUUAAAUUUCUACAGCUUAUUUGUGCAUCAGAUUAUAUAAACCAUAGUGGAGAAAACGCGGUUGUUAAUGCCACAUUGAGACUGUUACGUUUGAUCGUAAAACAUGCUAUGGAAUUGCAGACAGUUUUGGAAUCUGGAUUAGCAAACACCCCUACUCAACCUUGGAAAGUAAUUAUUCCCCAAUUGUUCUCCCGUCUCAACCACCCGGAAACUUACGUGAGAAAAUGUGUAUCUGACUUGUUGUGUAGAUUGGCAGAAGACACUCCGCAUUUAAUCACUUUCCCAGCAGUUGUUGGCGCAGUGGAAAACGAACAGAAAGAUUUAAUAGAAUUGAAUGUUGCAAGAUCCUAUUUGUGUAACGUCGCAAGCAGUGGUGAAGAUAAUCUUGAUGUAGAAGACUCUCUCAGCGAUAAAGUAAUCAAUAAUGAACUCAAUUCUUGUUUCUUGGAUAUGGUAGAAACACUCGCUAAACAAGCACCAAAAACUAUUUUGCAGGUGAAGCUAUUAGUCAAAGAGUUACAGAGAAUUAAUUUGCUUUGGGAUGAGUUAUGUCUGGGUACUUUAGUUCAACAUCACUCUGAAUUUACAAAGCGACUUUCACAGUUAGAAAUGGAAGUAGCGAAAGUAAAAAAUAAUCCCCAUUUGUCUGCCGAAGAUAAAGACAAACUUAUCAAAGAGAAACAUCGCAUUAUAUUUGAACCAAUUGUUUGUGUGUUGGAGCAAUUGUAUCAAGUGACUUCAGCAAACCCUGAGACACCACACGAAGUGUCAUUCCAAAAUAAAUUCCAGUCUCUUAUCGCGGAUGUCAUAGAGAAACUAAAGAACCCUGCGAAUCCAGAUAAACCACAGGACUCAUGGGCCCCAUUGAAACAACUGCAAAUAAAAUUGCAGCAAAAAGUAAAUAAAAGAACUUCAUACAUUUUGAAAAUGUCCGACAUUAGUCCUGUUUUAGCAGAACUUAAAAAUACCGUGAUCACUAUGCCAGGAGUACAUACUAACCAGCGAGCCGUAAGAGUUACGAUUAAGGCAGUGGAAAAUAAUGUAGCUAUAUUGCCUACCAAGACUCGGCCAAAAAAACUUGUAUUUUACGGGUCGGACGGGAAAGCUUAUACGUAUUUGUUCAAAGGAUUAGAAGACUUGCAUCUAGACGAGAGAAUCAUGCAGUUGCUGUCUAUAACUAACACAAUGAUGGCCAGGGAUUCUGAAAACAAUGACAACCAAACUUAUAGAGCGCGCCAUUACUCUGUGAUACCUUUGGGUCCUCGAUCGGGACUGAUUAGUUGGGUAGAUAAUGUGACACCUUUGUUUGCGUUGUACAAACGUUGGCAAAACCGAGAAGCUGCUAUUUUAUCGGCUAAAACCAACAAGACUGUGAAUGUGUUACGACCAUCGGAGUUGUUCUACAACAAGCUAAAUCCUCUUUUGAAAGAAGCCGGCGUUUCAACGGAGAACAGAAAGGAAUGGCCUGUAUCGAUAUUGAAGCAAGUUCUGCAUGAGUUGUCGACGGAGACUCCGCGCGACUUGCUCUGGAGAGAGCUGUGGUGCAGCAGUGUGAGCCCUGAGCAGUGGUGGCAGAUGACGCGUCGGUACAGCUACUCAGUGGCCGUGAUGAGUAUGAUAGGCUAUAUAAUCGGACUAGGUGACAGGCACUUGGACAAUGUCUUAGUGGAUCUUACAUCUGGUGAAGUGGUGCAUAUAGACUAUAACGUGUGCUUCGAGAAGGGCAAGACGCUGCGGGUGCCAGAGAAGGUGCCGUUCAGGAUGACACCCAACUUGGUGACUGCGCUCGGCGUGACUGGAGUCGAGGGUAUAUUCCGUCUAGCGUGUGAGCACGUGUUGCGCACUAUGCGACGAGGGCGUGAGACAUUGCUAACGCUGCUGGAGGCGUUUGUGUAUGAUCCGCUGGUGGAGUGGGGCGGCGCCGCUGGUUCCGCGGGUAAGCGCCGCUGUACCGCGCGCGACGUGCGCGCAGCACUCGCCAUGAUGGCGGUGCGCACGCAGGAGCUGGCGCAUCACUUCACUGAAGUCACAGAACAAUUCCUAGCUGUACUGCCCGAUAUCAAACAGUGUGCUGAGAAGUGGCUGAAAGAAAACGAAGAACUGAAAUCAGUAGAGACUCGCUUACAGGACUGCCACCAGCAGAUGGCUCUUAUUAAGGAAAUAGAAGCGUAUGGACCAAAUCUAAACAGUCACCCAUUGUACGCCAUCUCUCAGAAGUACUCCUCUUACAAACAUGCUAAGAACGCCGUGGAGGACUCGAUGAAGGCGUUAGUGAAGAUACUUAACGAAUUUGAUACUCAGAUAGAAAACUUCGCAACCACUACGGAAGCCAUCAAUGGUCCACAACUAAUGGCGUGGGUGCAAGAAUUCUCUGGCACCGACGAAGAGGAGCAACCAAUCUUUGAACAUAUUAAAGACUUCCUUACUAAUGCUGGACAAGCAGCCAUGAUAUCGCAGUGCGAACAAGCGGAGACAGAACUGUAUCAAAGCAUGAAGCAGACCCACCAUCUUGUCAGGUCCUGCCUCGAAUUACUCUCGCAGUAUGUGGCAGUGUCGCAGUACUACCCACAAAGUCACACCGAGUACCACCGCGUGCUGGUGUUUCGGAAAUUAGUAGCUGCAGCCCUGGAGAGCAAGUCCCCUGAAGUGUGCCGCGACGUCGCUAACCAAGUGGCAGCCCUGAUCAAUGCUGAAAACAACAAGAGUGACACAUCGCAGCAAAUCAUUAAUUAUAACUACCGUCUGCAAAAUAUGAAUGUUGAAGCGAAUGCUAAUCUGACCAAAGCUAUAGAAAGACUGCAGUUGGAAGGGGGUCCCGAUGCGCUGGCUUUGGCUCAGGAAGCUUAUAGAGAGGCCAAAUCUAACAUUAGUAACUGGGUGAGAACGGAGGAAGGCGCGGGAGAGGCGCUGGAGUGUGUUGUCAUCGGCAUGCUUUGCAACCUGAACAGGAGAUACCUCAUGCUGGAGAAUGGAGCCCAAAGCGCAGGGGAUUGUCUCGUGGACUUGACAUCUAGAGAGGGAGAGUGGUUCCUGGAUGACAUGAGCACGUUGUCCAUGCAAGCUGUCGAGCUGCUGUCACUGCUACCUUUACAAUCCGCGUCGGCUGAGGACGCCGCCAUGCCAGUCGCAGUAGAGUGCGUCCGAAACGCGAACCUGCUCCUCGCCGACCUGGUUCAGCUGAAUUACAACUUCAGCACCAUCAUACUGCCUGAAGCGCUGAAGAAGAUACACUCUGAAGAUCCAUCUGUGCUAUUGAUGAUCAGUGAGCUGAACGCGGUGAUCAUGAACUCCCCGGUGCCACUCAACGAGCUGCUUUCGCAGUUGGAGCUUCAUCUUAGAUACCUAGUUAUGGAUAUGGAAUCCCCAGCGAGCUCGGCACCCCUACUAGCCGCCGAGGUGCGGUCGCGGUACGAGGCCCUCCUGUCAGCGCCCGUGAGUGAGGCGGAUGGCCAGUCCUCCGGCCGCAUGUUGUUGAUGGGCUUCAACGGACUCUUCGCAGCCGUGGAGCUGCGCGCCAGAGAGUUGGCUGAUCACCUCGCGAUACCCAUCCCUCCCGCCUGGAGGAAGAUCGAUCAUAUCAACGAAUCAAUGCAUAUGUCGGCGGCGCUGCAGAGCGCGGCGGUGCGCGCGGUGCUGGAGGACGUGUUCCUGGUGCGGCGCCUGCAGGCCGUGGCCGAGGUGUUCGCCAUGUGCGCUCAGAUGGCGGCCGCCUUCAAGGGGACCGGCCCGCCCACUCUCUUCGAUGAUACUGCGCUCUGCAAACCUGUCAGGAGGUUCACGGCAGAGUACGUAUCUCGCUGCGUGUUAGGCGUACAGUCGAAGGCACUAGCGAGCGUGCUGUGUCUGUUACUGCGUCGCGCCAACCUCGACCUACACGCUGAGGUCGAGCAGAAGGAAAUCGGAGCAUCGUGGAGCGUAUCCCUAGAGUCCCUAUGCGAGAAGGCGCGGCGGCGCGCGGGCGGCGGCGCGGGGCGCGGCGCGGGGCUGGCGCGCGCGCUGCAGGCCGCCCGCGGCCGCCUGGAAGAAAUUUAA